GAGCCGGGAAGGGCCGUCCCGUCAUUGCGGGCAGCGCUGUGGGUGAGGAGCGAGGCUGGUGCGUCGGCGUCGGGGCCGGUCCCAGAGUUUUCCAGUCUGCUAAAGGUGCGGUGGAUAUACUAGAAUGGACACAGAGGAUUUCCCUCCACCACCACCAGAAGUUCUAGAGCAUGAACCAAAAGCCAUGGGUCUGAAUGACGAAGAGGAGGAUGAGGGAGAACAGUUUGAUUUUGAUAGUGGAGAUGAGAUACCAGAAGCAGACAGGCAAGCCCUUGUGCCACCUCUUCCUGGUCCUGGAAAUUACAUAGAAAACCAAGAGGCUGGUGCUGCAGGAGGUGAUAAUUUAGAAAACACUGAGAAGCUGCAAACAUCAGAACCUGCUGUAGAAGGCACUCCAGCCAAAGUAAAUCCCUACUCAGUCAUAAAUAUUUCCCCAAUCCAAGAUAAGGAUCCAUCCUCAUCACCAGAACCAAGUCCUCAAGAUGAAUGUGCAAGUCCCAGCCUGUCCGGUGGAUAUUCUGUUCCUGUCCCUUGUGGAUAUGCUGUGCCAUCCAACUUACCUUUGAUACUGCCAGCAUACUCCAGCCCUGUCAUCAUACGCAGUGUUUCUGUCGAUGAAGAAGGUGCACAGUCAGCAGCUGAAGAAUGUCAUUAUAAUUCGGUAAACUUGGAGGACCCUCAGAAUAGUGAAGUUAACCAGACCAAGAAGGAGGAUGAUGUCCUGGCCAAAUGGGUUUCAGAUCCUGCAAAUACAGCAUGGAUGGAAAACCCGGAUGAAGUAAUUUAUGAUGAUGUGCCAAGAGAAGAUUCAGACUCUGAACCAGAGGAAAUGAUUUAUGAUGAUGUUGAAAACGGUGAUGAUGGUGGAAACAGCUCACUGGAAUAUGGGUGGAGUUCAAGUGAGUUUGAAAGCUAUGAAGAACAGAGUGAUUCUGAGUGUAAAAAUGGAAUUCCCAGCUCCUUUUUGCGAGGCAACCACAAGAGACAUCUUUCUCAUGACCUAAUGCGUUUAAAGGAACAUUAUGAAAAAAAGAUGAAAGAUUUGAUGUCAAACACUGUGGGAGCAGUAGAGAUUCAGCAACUAAAGCAAAAACAUGAGCUGAAGAUGCAAAAGCUUAUGAGAGCUGCUAGAGAAGGUACCAAAGAUGGACUUGAAAAGACAAAAGCAGCUGUGAAGAAGGGUCGUUCCUUCAUUCGGACAAAAUCUUUCAUUUCUCAAGAUCAUAGAUCAUCUUGUCUGGAAGAAGAAGAGCUAAAUUUAUUUAUUGAUGUGGACUGUAUGCAUACAGAAGCAAUUAUGACUCCUAUGCCUGAAGGAUUAUCACAGCAGCAGGUUGUGAGAAGGUAUAUUUUGGGCUCUGUAGUUGAUAGUGAGAAGAAUUACGUGGAUGCUCUCAAAAGAAUCCUGGAGCAAUAUGAGAAGCCCCUUUCAGAUAUGGAACCAAAAUUACUGAGUGAAAGAAAACUUAAAAUGGUCUUUUAUCGAAUUAAGGAAAUUCUUCAGUGCCAUUCAAUGUUUCAGAUUGCACUGGCGAGUCGUGUAUCUGAGUGGGACUCUGUUGAAAUGAUCGGUGAUGUCUUUGUUGCUUCAUUUUCUAAAUCUAUGGUAUUGGAUGCAUACAGUGAAUACGUAAACAACUUCAGUACAGCAGUUGGGAUUCUCAAGAAAUCUUGUGCCACCAAACCUGCCUUUUUAGACUUCUUAAAGCAGUGUCAGGAGUCAAGUCCUGAUCGCAUUACACUGUAUGGUUUAAUGAUGAAACCUAUCCAACGUUUUCCACAAUUCAUUCUACUAUUGCAGGAUAUGUUGAAGAACACUAGUAAAGGACAUCCUGACAGAUUACCUCUACAGAUGGCUCUUACAGAACUUGAGACACUGGCAGAGAAGUUAAAUGAAAGGAAAAGGGAUGCAGAUCAGCGCUGUGAAAUAAAACAAAUAGCAAAAGCAAUGAAUGAACGUUAUCUGAACAAGCUACUCAGCAGUGGAAACAGAUACCUCAUACGGACUGAUGAUAUGGUUGAGACAGUUUAUAAUGACAAAGGAGAAAUUAUCAAAACCAAAGAACGGCGACUUUUCAUGUUAAAUGAUGUGCUGAUGUGUGCAACAGUAAAUAUACGCUCUUCCUAUGAAAGCAGCGGCACCAUGACAACUGGCCAGAGGUAUUUAUUGAAGUGGAGUGUACCGCUGGGACAAGUGGACGUCAUAGAGUAUGGCAGCAGUGAAGGCCAAGGAGACAACUGCAGGUUCCCACCACAGUUCUCUGCUGAAAAUGUCAUCAUUAACUCUAAGCCAAACAAGCUCUAUAUGGGACCAGGGCAACUGUACCAUGAUCUUCAGAACCUUUUACAUGACUUGAAUGUACUUGGUCAAAUCAGCCAAUUAAUAAGCAGCCUUAAAGGAAACUAUCAGAACUUAAAUCAAUCUGUAGCCCAUGACUGGACCUCAGGUUUACAAAAACUGAUUUUGAAAAAAGAAGACGAAAUCAGAGCAGCGGAUCGCUGUAGAAUUCAGCUGCAACUCCCAGGAAAACAGGACAAGUCUGGGAGACCAACUUUCUUUACAGCUGUGUUCAAUACAUUUACCCCUGCCAUCAAACAGUCUUGGAUCAACAAUUUACAAAUGGCUAAACUGGCCCUUGCAGAGGAUAACCUGUUAGGUUGGUUCUGCAUAGAAGAUGAUGGGAAUCAAAUCAAAAAGGAAAAGCAUCCUCUCCUUGUUAGACACAUGCCAGUGAUGAUGGCCAAACAACAGGAGUUUAAGAUUGAAUGUGCUGCUUAUAAUCCUGAGCCAUAUCUUUCUGGAGAAACAGAGUCAGAUUCCUGUGCUGUGGAACAUGGUUUUCUUUGGAUUGGCAGUUGUACUAAUCAGAUGGGCCAGAUUGCAAUAGUCUCGUUUCAAAGCUCCAGCCCCAAGGUUAUUGAGUGCUUCAAUGUGGAAUCACGGAUUCUCUGCAUGGUGUACAUACCAGAGGAGGAGAAGCUGAAAGAGCUAAACAAAGCUCCAGACUCUGAAAGUGUUCUUACAAAAACGUGUAAUGUGCCUACUAUUUGCCUUGGCAUGGAAGAAGGAAGCAUUUCUAUUUACAAAAGUUGCCAAGGCUCAAAGAAGAUUCGGCUUCAACACUUCUUCACUCCUGAAAAAUCAACUGUUAUGAGCUUAACAUAUAGGUCACAGUACUUGUUUGCUGGCUUGGUAAAUGGAAACAUUUCAAUCUACACAAAAGCAGAAGAUGGGACAUGGAACACAGAACCUCAGAAGAUAGUUAAACUGGGGGUUCUGCCUGUUAGAAGUCUGCUUGUGAUGGAGGAGACCAUUUGGGCUGCAUGUGGUGGACAAAUUUUUAUAAUCAGCACUGUGACACAUUCCAUACAGAACCAUUUUGAAGCCCAUCAAGAGGAAGGGAUGGUAAUUUCUCACAUGGCUGUGGCUGGAGUGGGAGUCUGGAUUGCCUUCACAUCUGGAUCUACUCUUCGACUGUUCCACACAGAGACACUGAAACACCUCCAGGAUGUUAACAUUGCCACACCUGUUCACAAUAUGUUGCCAGGGCAGCAGCGUGUCUCUGUGACCAGCCUCCUGGUGUGCCAUGGGUUACUUCUGGUUGGAACAAACCUGGGUAUUAUAGUAGCCUUACCAGUGCCACGCUUGCAGGGGAUUCCCAAAGUAACUGGAAGAGGAAUGGUGUCAUACCAUGCACACAAUAGCCCAGUCAAGUUUCUUGUAACAGCUACAUCUAUAAACAAAAAGAACAGAAACAAAGUGAGAAACAGCCUCCCUCCUGGCUCAGAACCUAAGGACGAUGACCAAAAGAACGUUCUGCACAGUGAAAGACCUGGCUCUUCCCUUAGCAACGCCCAGGACACGGCAGUUUGGCUGGGGGAUUCAGCAGGGUCCAUUGCACAAAGAAGUGACUUGUCAUCAUCUUCUGGAUCCCUUACUUUGUCUCAUGGAUCAAGUUCCCUAGAACACAGACCAGAGGACAGUAACAUUUAUGAGCUUCUGAAGGAUCAAAAUAUCUCAUUUAAAAGUAAAAGACAGAAAUCUAAGAAAAUGAAAGCAAGUUCAGUAUUAGUAAUUUCUGGUGGCCAAGGACACAGAAGAGUGAACAAGAAGACCAAGCAGCAGCGACAAGAUGAACUAGUGUCUUCAGUGAUGGUCUGGCAAAUCCCACUAUUAAAUAUCUAACUGAACUAAUUCCAAGAUUGUUUUUGCUAUUAAAAAAAUGUGAUAUCCUUUUGUGGCUAAUGCCAGCUUAGGACCCAAGCAGAUAGGCUUUAUACACCUGGGAGCAAUUUCAGUAGGCUUGGAUCACAGGAUUAAGAGUGCAAGACAGUCUUCACAUCCUUAGAACAUUCUGCAGUGUUAGAGUAUUAGAAAAUGUUUAAUUAUUGGUGCUGUCUUUGAUACUUGGGAAAAAAAGGAAUGUUAGGGACUUUAAAAUGGUUUUAGAAUCUCUUACCUUAUUUAUACUCACAUUUAUAAAUAUCUUAAUUAUGUUCUAUAGCACUUAGGGAAGGCAAGGAAGACAUGCCAUGUCUCAUGCUGGAUUCUGCUUGCAUAAAUCAGUUGUUUCUACUUUUUCCAAAGUGACAUAUUUUGGAAAGAAGAGUAGAUUUUGGCAUGGAAGAGUAGAUUUUAACAAAUUAAUAAAUAUUUUUAAAUAAUAAGUAGUCUAAUGUGAGCUAGUAUUAAUUUGGCAAAAAUUAUAAUAGCUUAAAACUUCAUUCCACAUACCAGAGUUUGGCUGGAACAAAACUGGCUAAAUUAAUUAAUCAGUACUUUUUUAUUUCAACAUAGAACAUAGAUUUUUUUAAAAUACUAAUUUCUAAUGCUCAGUAUUAUUAGAAGUGUUGCAGUACAAAAAGCACAUUGUCUUGGUGUGAUGUGUAUGCAACUUGGUUUUGUUAUACACAAAGUUGCAAGCAUGUGAUGGCUUUGGGCAAAGAGAAAAUACAGAUACAAGACAGCUGUGCAUUGUAGUGCUGAUAACAUCCUCACUCUGCAACUCAAUAUCAAAGCUAAACAUGGAUUGUAACAUUUUUAAGGAGGCAUAGACAUCCAGUAAAUUAAUAAUGAAGUUAUUAAUUAGUGCAUUAAUUGAGAAGAUAUAUAUAUACUAAUAUAGGAAUAUCUAAAGGAAGUACAGGUAAUCACUCUAAGUCCUACAUUAGCUGAGUUGUGCUGUGUCCCCAGGCAAGCAUCUAUCAAAUAAUGUCACAGUGCAACAGCAGAGAUAUGGCCAUAUCUGAGCAGCAAGCACUUCUUUUCACCCAGUUUCAGCAAAGCACAGCCCUCUAAAUGGGUAUUGGGAAAGUGGGGUGCAGAGCUUCAUUCUAUCAGGCAAGUUGUCACUUUGGUACUGUAAAAAGGAUGAAUUCUAAGUAGGGACCUGACCAAUGUUUUAUUCAUUAAUUGAUGUAUUUCCAAAGGAAACUUUAAAUUUAGGAUUUGUACUGAAAUUGCCUGUUGCACAAAUCUCUGCACAUGUGAAAUACAAGCAAAAGGCUUCAGCCCAUAAAGACAUUGCCAGAAAUGGUGAUUUGCCCUGAAAUGGUUUUUGCUACUUCUAAUUCAAAGCCUUGAUUCCACCGUUUUUUUUUUUAAAUUUGCUUAGUUUAAAUCACUAUCUAAAUCACUAAUAAGGACAGUGUUUCCCAGCAUGUGCCAUUUCAAGGCAAACAGUACUAGAGACUGAAGUAUUUUUGUUGGAUAUAGUAGUAGGGUUGGGGGUUUUUAAAUGAUGUUGAAAUUUAUUUUCUUAAUUUUGCAACAGAUCUGUGCACAUCUAAAAUUUCCAAUUUGUUUGCUUUAAAAUGCAAGCCACUAUCAUGGUGACCCCAAAAUCAGUGUGUAGGCUGGCUGAGCAAGUUUGACAGAGCACUGGACUAACAUCAGGUCUUCCCUGAUGCCUGACACCAGUGCGGGGGACAGAAGGAAUGCUUUGACUGCUAAGUGGCACCAAAAUAGGCAUUUCAGAAUCAGGUAUGCAUCCUGGUUUCAGAGGCUUUGCCCACAUCUUCCAUUGAGUCAUAAUAGCAUGAAUUUCAAUGAGUCACAAAGGAUACUUGUUAUAGAUGGGAUUGUAGGCUUAGGAUCUUCAUUACUGUUUUGUGCUUUUCUUCCAUGUCUUUUGCUUUGUGUCUUGCAACUUCAGUUGGGUAUUGUCAGUGUUGGCAUAGACAUAGUGUUGGCUUGAGUCCUGGUAAGGAAAAAAAAAAAGGAAAAAAGCAGAGUGCCUCUAAGCCAGGCAACUGGCAACAUUUUCCCAAACUUUUCUUCUCCUCCCUGACCUACUGCUUAGGCUCCCCUAGCUUGAGAGAUCAAGGCCAGUUUCAUUUUAUAUACUCUUCCAUAGCUAUGGCCCUGGGAGCUGCUCUUUGCCCACUGUGUGGAAGUACUACGUUGUACAGUUUAAUGUAUGUAUGCUGAAAAGCAAGUUAAGAGAUUCUUCUGUGUAUAAAGCAUAUAUAAUCUAGUAUCCCUUGGCUCUGCUGCAGCAAAAAAACCACAGGUUUUAUUUCACAUGUUCCUCAGGCAUGGUAUUCCACGUCCCUGCCUUUAGGACUAGAGAAUCUCAUCUACUCCCUGAUAGAUCUUGAUCAGUAGGAGCAGUAAGUAAAGUCCACCACACACUCAACUGGAAAUCCAUGCAUUGCAGGAUCCCCUAGCAGUAGUUCCUUGAGAGUUGUAGAGACAUUUAUCCUGUUAGUUAAAAUGUAAUUUUUUUCAGUUCUAUAUAUAGAACAAAUCAAUAGAACAAAGUACAAAUCUGCUCUUCUGAAAGUACGUUGGAGUUUUGCCAGUGAUUUCUGUAAGAAAAGAAUGGGUCACUCAUCCAAUUCCCCUAUUUUGAAAAUAUCUAUUUAUCUUACUAAACUGUAAAGCAAAAGAGAAGCUGUAUGUCUGUCUUUAAAAAUACAUAUUGUCAUAAACUAGAUUUUAGUAAUUAACUGAGCACAAAGGGCAAUGUUCCUUUUUGAAAUGCAACUUUCUGGUAUUAUGUUACUACAAAAACAGGCAGGAACCAAAGUUUCUCUUACAGCUGACAAAUAGUCCUUAUAGCGUUGUAGACUGUGCUGCUCAGAGGUUGGAUUUUGCUUUCUGAUACUGCUUUUCUAGAUUAAUAGAAGUUAUGAAAAUAAUAGGAAAAAGGGGAGCAAAUGUUACCACUACAAUAUAUUCUAUAUAUGUUUUCUAACACUCAGUAGUGUCUUUUGUAACAUGAGCCAUAAAACUUGUGUAUUUAUGUUCAAAGUAUGAAUUGAGACAUAUGUUGAAUAAAAAAUACUAUAAAAAUUAACUUCAGAAGAACAUCUUCAGUUGUCAUUUUAACUAGAAGGUUAGAAUAUGGGUCAUGCAUUAAUGAAUAAUAUGGACUCAUGCAAGAGAAAAUAGUAUAUGUGGUUAGGAUUACAAAGAUGAAUUUUUUUUAGUUUUAUAUUUCUGCAAUUUAAAUGCCAGCAAAUGCAGUUUCUGAAAAUUAUGCAGUCAUUUAUUAUAAGGUUUGAUUACUGUAUCAGUAGAUUCAAAUAGUGUCUAAGCAGUAGAAUUUCUACUAUGCUGUGUGGAGUAAGCAUCAGCACUUGGGCAGCAUGCAUGCUGCAUAAAAAUGAGAAGCAUUAAUUUUGAAAAUGAGUAUUGCAGAGCAAAGGCUUUAAGAGAAGAAAUUAAUUUUCAGUUGUUAACAGGCAAUUCUUUCUAAUUAAUCUGCCCUAAAGGAUGCAUAAUCCCAUGAUUGUGUUUAAAUACAGAGACUUGUAUUUAUCAGACUCAGCAAUAGCCUUUUCGAGCAUACCUGUGCUAGUAUAAACAAACAAGAGCAUUUACUGAGAAUUCUUUGGUUGCUCGAAAGCUGCCUGUUUGCUCCUGGCUGUAUACAUCUCUUUAGUACAUGAUUGUGAAAAACAUCAAAUCAUAUGAGUGCAGGAUACCUGUGCACACCUGGAGACAGAUUCUGUCCCAAUGGGAAUUUACAGUUCAUUAUCUAUGGUGACAAUCUGAGGGCUAAAAUUGCUUACUGCCACUUUGAGAGAAGCCUGAAUAUUGGGAAGGGUUUCCUGAACUGUGGUUCAGUACUUAAAUUCCACUGUUCUAUUUCUUCUGUCCUGUUUAAUUUUCUAACUGCAUAUAGACAAAUUGGUUUUCGUAAAAUGCAUUUGCAGGUGAAUAUCAGUCAUUUGAAAGGUGCAGCUGUAAUGGAGCUGUAAUGCAUGAACUACUCUGUAUUGCAAUGAGUGACACCAUGGAACUGAUAACAGUAUUUUUAGAUUGCUUUACAUAGCUUCAUAGUAAUAAUACUUCACAUAAUAAUAGUCCUGUUAAGAAGGCAGAUUUGUAUCUGUAGCUAGGAAGAAAAUAAGUUGAAAAGCAUUUGCCUGACUUGAAGCUGUAUGGUGAGUCUGUAAAAGAACACAGAUUAAAGCCAUUGCUGCUCUCCAA